GUGACUUCUGAGGCAGGUUCAGGAUGAAGUGUUCCCUGCAAACUUGUUUGAGGGCCAAUUUACUCUUUUGUCUGGGACUACUGCACUGCGGAGAAGCCAUAGUGCACACCGAAGUACAGGCUGGACCUCUGUAUCGCACGGUGGGCUCUCCGCUCUCCAUCUCCUGCAACGUGAGUGGUUUUGCCAGUGACAGCACUAAAAAAGACAUUGAAUUCUGUGUUAAGAAACCUGCAAAUCCAACCUUUAAGAUCAACAUCAUCAGCACAAAUGAUGAAGACUUUGCCUACGCCAUGUAUACACAACGUGUGAGGAGCAAAGAAAUCACUCUGACACAUGUGACUCCAAACUCAGUCUUGUUUGAGAUACAAAGCCUAAAGAAGGGUGAUGAAGGAGAAUAUGACUGCUCUGUAAUCAACAGAGAAACAUUUUAUGCUGGAACCUACAGCGCUACGACAACAGUGAAAGUGAUUGACAACUCCCUCAGUGUUUCUUCACCUGCCUCCACCUCACUGAGCUAUAAUGAGGGUGAUGCUCUCACUUUAACAUGCCAAGUCUCCAGCAACACCGUCCAGCACACCCAUCUGUCUCUUGCGUGGUAUCUCCAUAAAGACGCUGAGGACAACGCACGCCCCAUCAUGUCUCUGGAUAGAGAUUUCACACUUAGCCCAGGCCCGGGGUUUGAAGGGCGUCACCAAGCUGGACUGAUAAGGUUAGAUAAAAUAGGAGAGGCCACGUACAAGCUAAACAUGGCUCAGCUGGAGCUUUCAGACCGAGGCGGGAUCUACUGCCAGGCUCAGGAGUGGAUCCAGGAUCCUGACCGCUCUUGGUACACUAUCGCACAAAAGGAUGCAAAGGGAACUACCCUGAAUGUUAAAGCCAGAGAAGUGGUGCCAGACACGUCGUCUCUGGUGGUGAGAAUUUCGGCACAGUCGGCAACUCUGCAGGAGAGGCAGGAGCUGUCGCUGUCUUGCAACAUAGACUCGCAGAACCUGAAGGAAAGGUUCUUCUCUCUAGCCUGGUUCAGGGCAAAUGUUGAGUUGGUCCGCAUCGGCCCUACAGGCAUUCUGUCUGUGGGGCCCGAAUACAGUGGGCGAUCGGAAGAUGGAGAGCUCUGGGCAGCCCGGACUGGGGAUAGAGACUACCGUCUGAUAUUGCAGCCUGUCAGAACCGAGGACCAAGGAGAGUAUAUCUGUAGAGCAUGGCUUCAGGACAGAGGCCAGGACGGAGUCUUUACACAGCGAGCAGCCCAGGACUCCAGCUCCCAGCUGGUCAGCAUCUCAGCCACAGAAAGUGGGCUCUCGGUUGAAAUGAAUAACACUUCGGCUGUUAACGAAGGUGACCGGCUGGAGCUCACCUGUAAAGUGCAGGGGGUCACAGGUCAGCUCUCCGUCACCUGGCAACGCAAAUCAUCAUCAACAUCAGCAGCCACGUUCACCAGUGUCAUCAGUCUAAGUCAGGAGGGUGUUAUGGAGAAAGCGGGGGAGUUCAUAAGUCGCAAAGUAAAGGCAACGCGCCCUGCGACUGACACCUUCACUCUAGAGCUCGAUGAAGUCAAGCCUUCUGAUUCAGGUGUCUACCAGUGUGCUGUGUCUGAAUGGAAAACCAACAGCAAGACCAACAGCCAGUCACAGAGUGCCACUGUGACAGUGGCUGCUUCAGAUACGUUUGUGAAAGUCUCUCUGAUAAGUCGCAACAACAGAAUGACUGUAGGAGAAAGUGUGGAGUUGAUGUGCCGGGUCAAAGGGCCACGCGUACCGAUAACACUGACCUGGAGCCUGCAGCGUGAUGCCUCUACCCUGGAUAACAUUCUGACAUUGUACUCCAAUGGUGCCAUCAGCUGGUCUGGAGACCAGCAACGCUACCAGCUGAAAGUAGACAACAAACAGAAUGAAGUCGUUCACUAUCUGCUCAUCAAUGGUGCGAGUCAUCGGGAGGCAGGAAGCUACCAGUGUAGCGUGUCAGUCUUCCUGGAGAACGUACACAAGAAGCUGCCUCCAUCCAACCAGCUGGCUGUUUUGGUGCAGAACCCAGAGAGCAAGCUCGUACUGACCACCACCCCUGCCUUGACAAUAAAUGUCAACACUGACAUAGAAAUAAAAUGCUUGGUUAUCUCAGAACCCUCUGCGUCAUCUCGCUAUGCUGUCACCUGGCUGCUCCAGCAACAGGCAGAGAAUAAGACCAUUGUGAGCUCAGACCAGGACGCCCUAGUGACGUUCGGACCCCAGGUACAGCAGAGACACAGACAGCGAAUCAGCAUGAAGCGCAUUAAGGGCCCUAGCUUUGAGUUUAGUAUUCGGCAAGCUCUGAUCUCAGACAGUGGCUCAUACAUAUGCGAGGUGGUGGAGUGGCUACAAGAUCCUCAUGGUGACUGGUAUCAGCUCUCACCGGUGUCCAAAACUACACAGCUAACAGUCAUCGAACCUGCCAACGACCUUAGUUUAGACCAGAAUGAGCAUCCAUCACCAGCCAGAGAGGGAGACGAGGUGGAGCUAAAGUGUAACAUCCUGUCAGGUGCAUCCAGCCCUUCUUUAUUCUACAAAGUUGCUUGGCUCUAUACUGGACAUGAUUCUUCCAUCACAAAUGUCCUGGUGGAACUUGAUCACACGGGCCUGCUGAGUUACCCAGAGAACCAGGAGCUCAGAGACUUGCAGGGGCGGCUUCGUCUCUCCAGGCCGACCCAGAGCAGCUUCCCUCUGGCCAUUCAGAGGGCCCAUGAGGGUGAUAGUGGGACCUACCGGUGCGAGGUGGAGCAAUACCAGCUGAAUGAAGGUCGCUGGCAGCAAAAGGCCUCAGACAGCACAGGCCCCAUUACGCUGACUGUAGAUGUUACAGAAAAAAACCUGUCCGUUUUAAAGGAAGAAAAGACAUUGAACAUAAGCACAUUCAAGGACUUCUCUAUCCCCUGUCAUAUUACCAACCAAUCCAGCAGUGAAUCAGAGUUCCAGGUCACAUGGUUUUGGCAGAGAGAGAAAAAAACUGAACAACACCCCAUAUUCACAGCUUACCGCAACUCCACCCUACAUGACAGGUUUGGGAAGGUCGUUCAGCUAACAUUUGGUCACCCUUUGCCCAACCAAUUUAGCCUUACAGUGUUGCGGCCAAGUCCUGAAGAUAGUGGCCUGUAUUCCUGUGAGGUAGAAGAGUGGCUCCCGUCUCUUUCUCAUGGGUGGAGGACUGCAGUGGAAAACUCAGGAUAUGUGACUGUUUAUGUCUACGCAGAAGGAGGUGUAAAAGCCGUCUCAGAAUGCAAGUUGGAUAUCUGGAUGGGGAUUUUUGUAGCUAUCAGCAUCUGCUUGCUGUUGGUCAUAGUCCUACUGGUGCUGAAGAUAUGCAGGAGCAAAGCCUCAGGGAAAAAUAAGACGGGUCAAGAUCUGUGGGCAGCGGAGGUCCCACUGAAAACCAAACCCAGUGUUGAUGAUUGAACGUUAUAGACCAGAAGAGGAGAUGAGCGGAGAGGAGAGGGGAAAAUGACCUUCUAUUUUUUAUGUGCAAUUCAAUAUAUAUUUCAAAAAGUUGAACUGUACAUAUAUUUUUAUAUUUUCUUAUUAAAACAAUUCUCAUUUAAUUCUCAUUCAUUCUCAAUAAAUCUGUUGAUAAUAAA